UUUGCAAAUUAAUUAAAAAUGAAAAUCUGAAGAGAAAAAAGACACAUUGGUGCAGCUGGUUUCCGUGUUAAGGAGCGCGUUUAGGUGGGUCAUGUUUCGGGCAUGAUUACACCUUCGCCUCUCCCGUUGGAGUUGCAGCGAUGAGAAAAUAUCGAAAAAGGGAGGGGGAGUAAAAUAAAUUAAAAAAAAUCAGUGUCAGAUGCAUGUUUGUGACAUAGUUGAACCCAGACCAAAAUAGGCCAUAGGGAAGGUAUUUGGUAGAAUAAACUGACAUGAUUUCAGAGCAGAGAGGAAGCAAGAGGGUUUGCUCCCGUCAAUAUGUCCCCGAUAAGCAGACCUCCCGCCUUUGGAACAACAACUCAAUUUUUGAGGAGGAGACUAGAUCAUCUCGUCAUUGUAUACAGUUUCUUUGGAUAAGCAUAGUUCUGUGCUGAGUCAUCAGUCAGGUGAGCAGGGUCAGCUGACAACAGUAUUUAGAUCGAAGACUCCCGCGAGCUGAAAGCCAAGCAGAGUUGAGUUUGUGUGAGCUUUAUGAAGAAAUGUAAAGCCUGUAGAUCUUCGAAGACCUUGGGGAGGGAGGCUUGCUGCACACUAAUGACAGAAUUGCCACGCAGAUCGAUGAGGCCAACUAACGAGGACUGUUGAUAUCUGAUGCGAACAUGUGACAUGUGGACACAGGUUGCCGCUGUUCUGUAACUUGAAGUUACAGGAACUUGAGGACAAUAUUCAUCGUGUCUGUCUAUUUCAAGAUACAUCCUAAAUUCCAGAAACGUCCCCCACAAACGCAGUUAACUAGUUCGAGAUUAUUAUUUUGUGCUAUGAUUUGAACAUUUACAUUUAGUUGAUUUGUUUUUGGACGGAGGUAUACUACAAACAAUUUCUACAUUGACCUGUUACACAUAAAAUUAAGAAUGAGUACGUAAUUUAAUCGGAUCUCUAUGGUGAACUACAUUUGUCGUCCUAACUCCGCCUUUUCUCUGACGUUGGAGAUCAUAUUCCAAUCAGUUCAGUUGAGCUAAAUUGUUUUCUCCCUAACCUUUGCAAACAGACGUCUGAAAAAGGCAUUGUGCCUCCCUGGACACUUCAAUAACCGCCCGAGAAUCAGCAUGAGCCUGAAUAUGGGGUCAGCUGAUGGUGUCCUCAAGCGGGGGUCUUUUGGAUGGAACACUGAUGGAAACUUCAGCUCUGUAUGCCCCAAUGGAUCGGUAUGGGUUUGGGAAGGGCUGGGGGAAUGUGCCCAGGACGCCAGGGACAUGGCCAGUGUCAUCCUGGGUCUGCUGUCUAUAGUGUGCUUCAUGGUUUCUUCUCUGCCGCAAUACUACAGCUCUUGUAAGAGUGGGAAUAUGGACAGCGCCUUGUCCAUUUGGUUUCUGUUGCUGUGGCUGGGGGGUGACUCCUGCAAUCUUGUAGGCUCAUUCUUAGCUGACCAACUGCCGCUACAGACAUACACAGCAGUGUAUUAUGUCCUGGCUGACUUAUUGAUGCUGGGAUUGUACUUUUACUACGUAUCUAAGCACAGGAUGAAUAACAACAGGUCGGUUCUAAAUGUAGUUGGUAUAGUCUAUAUACUGGGCUUCUCUGCCAGCCUCGUUGCCUUACCUGGGUCAGGGUCCCAACAGGAUGUGGUCCUCUCUGGGUUUAAGGGGCGGGCCUUGCUGUCAACUACUGUGGACAGUGUUAAGGCUUUCAGCACCAAGGAGAUCAUUGGGUUUACCAUUGGCUCCAUAUCCUCAGUGCUCUACCUCGGCUCCAGACUGCCACAGAUGCACACUAAUUACACAAGGAAGUCGACAGAGGGUUUGUCCUACUUCCUGUUUGCCCUGGUCAUCCUGGGUAACACUACGUACGGCCUGAGUGUGCUGCUGAAGAACCCUGAGCAAGGCCAGGGAGAGGGAAGCUACAUCAUCCACCACCUGCCCUGGCUCAUAGGAAGCCUGGGCACCCUAUCUCUAGACGUCCUGAUCUCUGUACAGUUCCUGAUAUACCGCAAUAAUGCCCCUCUGGAGUUGGAAUCGCAGCAUGAUGAGAGAGCUCCUCUGCUGGACAAAUGAAACUGCUCCCUUUGUGCUGGAUCUAGCAGUUCAAACAAUUAUCCCCACCCAAGACUCUCACUCACAUUCCUAAACUUUGACAAACACAGGAAAUCCCUUUUCACUGUGUCGUUAUAUGUAUGUGAUUUGUGUUAUGAGAAAGAUGUUAAUUGGGAUUCAGCUGUAGAUUAUUUUAACUGUUCUUAAUUGCUCUUAAUCUUUUAGUGAAGGACCUUCCAACCGUUUGUCUAAAUACUUCUAGUAUUUUAAAUUUGUUAUAAACCUGUCCUGACAAUCAUGACACUACUACUGGUCACUACAGGGAACAUUGUCGUAUUAGAAUAGUCUUGUUAUUUUAUUUCAGAAGUGAUUGACAAUUUUUUUUGCAGAUCACUUCAUGACUUGAGUAUACGGAGACAUGAAUCUUAGUGUCUUGACAUGUUAUAAUAAAUCCACAUGAACUUCAUUAAAGUGUAAAUGUUAAAGUGUAAAUGUCUGAAGUACUGUACUUAAUUUAUUUGAUCGUUUACAUCAGUUGCCUUUAAGCAUUUUGAAUUGUACAUUUUAGAUUUAUGUACUUCUUGUUGACCACUUUUGAGGGUAUGGUAUCCAGUCUGGAGACCUGACCUCAUGUUUGUUCAGUGUAAGCACAGAGUAAUGAUGCUCCCUGUUUCUUAGUCUGUUCCCUAACAAAUGGUGUUGCAUCAGUACAGAAAUGCACAGGAAGGAUUUAACAUUUUAUCACGUUGAUAAUGUCUCAUUUCCCACAUUUAGGCAGGAAAAAGACAAUGUUCUAAAGAAAUUGGGAAUGUCUUUCAUUUUGAUUUGUUUACUAACACGCUCAAAAGGACACAAUCAUGCUUUUAACAACUGAAUUUGUAUGGAGCCCUGCUGUCAUUUGGCCAGUGUACCUGAUCUUUAGUGUGUUAAAUAUGCUGGGAACAUGACGUAAUUUUCCACCUUCCAUAUCCAGCCCGUACUGUUUUUGACUGGACUUCAAGAUUGUAUAAUAAAAUUCAUGAAAAGUAAUUUCACA